UGUUUGGGUCUUGAAACGGAUUGGCUUGGCAGACCUUGUAGCAGGAGGGACUCCAGGAACGAUCUUGUUCGUACGUGACCGAGCUUGGGGGAAGGCUUACUCCUCACACCUGAUGUCCCACUUGUGCAUGGCUGAUUGAUCAUCUGGAUGCCCAGAUUGUCGAGCUGCAGUCUGCUCAUGCUCCUGGCCUUCGCGCUUGGAUCGUUUGAUUUUGUGGCCUUUCCAAAAUCAAGGUUCCAUUUGACAUCGAGGAGGUGUGGGAGGAGUGACCAAUGCAGCUGGUGGUGGAAAGGAGGCCCAGGAGAAGAAAGUGAGGAGGACAUCAUUGUAUUUGUGCCCAUUGCGGAGGAUGUUAGGGUGGAGGACGUCCAGGUAGAUAUCAGGCGGACGCAUCUCACGGUGAGUCUCUGUGAAAAGGUUCUGCUGGACGGAGCAUUGUGGAAGGAAAUCAAGGCUGAAGACUCUGGCUGGUUGAUCGAUCGAGAGGCAGGUCAGCGAUGCAUUCUCAUCACGCUCAUCAAGCGAGAUGUUUGGAUCGACUAUGACUACCUCUUUCAGACAGAUGCCGAUGAAGCAAAAAGUUGCGCAACAAAUUUAUGGAGAUGCUUUAGAUGGAAGAAAACCGGAUAGAAUGUCGAGAGUCGAGAGGAGGUGC